CUGCCUACCCUGGUUCAGGAGCUCAGUCUACCGGAGCCAUCCCAGCACUCCACAACUACACAACAAACUACAUCAUGUCUCUCGAACGUCAAGUCCGCUUAAAGUUAGCUUCCAAGCGCAACCCAGAACAGGAGAAAGAGGCCCAGGAAUGGAUUGAGACCAUCCUCGGCGCCAAGUUCCCCCCCGGCGAAGCCUUCGAAGAUGUUCUUAAGGACGGCACAGUCCUUUGCCAGCUGAUCAACAAGAUCAAGCCUGGAUCCGUCAACAAAAUAAACACCUCUGGUGGUCAAUUCAAGAUGAUGGAGAACAUCACCAACUUCCAAGCAGCAAUCAAAAACUACGGUGUCCCCGACAUCGACGUUUUCCAGACCGUAGACCUGUGGGAGAAGAAGGACAUCGCCCAGGUCGUCAGCACCCUGUUCGCCCUCGGCCGCGAGACCUAUAGGCACGCCGAAUGGAAGGGCCCCUUCCUCGGCCCCAAGCCCUCGGACGAGUGCAAGCGUGACUUCUCCGACGAGGUCCUCAAGGCAGGCCAGACCGUGAUCGGUCUCCAAGCCGGCUCCAACAAGGGCGCAACCCAGGCUGGAUCGAACAUGGGCGCCGGCCGCAAGAUCCUCCUCGGAAAGUAAGGACCCCGCCCGCCUUCCACCACGUGAUAUUAAUUAUAAGUAUUAAUUAAGAACACGAUUCAUUUGUGAGACUGCAAGUCGAAGAGUUUGUUGUGUAAGAUUGUGCGUUCUCUUUGUCAAGAAAAUCAUGAUAAGUUGCCCGUCGGGUAACGUCUUACCGCCAUCACCAACGGUUUAGGAUAAGAAUUUUUAUUUAUUUCCAUUUUAUUACAAACAUUUUAUAAUAAAAUAUUUUUCUAA